AUGCAUCGCCCGACUCCUGGGGAUAAAAAGGCCGCUGUAUUUAUGGGUUACACCAAAGCCUUCGACACAGUCGACAAUGAUAAAAUCAUACUUGAAAUGCGACGGCUGGGUGUACCGCAACAUAUAGUGCGAUGGUCAGCAUCCUUUCUGGGCAAUAGGACGGCAGUAGUUCGCGUAAACAAGGUGCACUCCUCGCCGGUGUCCUUCACGAGAGGUGUACCACAAGGCACGGUUCUUGGGCCACUCAUGUUUAUUAUUGUCAUGAACUCUCUCAGCCUCCGGCUGGCUGAAGUCCCGCUACUGCGGCACGGCUUCUUCGCGGAUGACCUCACCCUGAUAGCCCGACACAGCGACAGAGAGAUCAUGACGACCACCCUACAACGGGGACUAAACGUGGUGGCAUCUUGGACGAAGCAAUACUUCAUGGAGGUUAACGCGUCCAAGACGAAGUAUGCAUUCUUUGGGACCACAAGUGCCAACCCCCUUGCCCUCCUCUACAAUGGAACACCGGUCACCAUGGAACGGCUCCCGACCCUGCUGGGCAUCACAUUCCAGAACUACCGUGGAAUGAGCUCACACGUAGCACGCCUACAGCAGCAGAUCAACCAGCGGCUCAUGCAGCUAGCGGCUGUCUCAUCCUGCAGAUGGGGACCAAACUAA